AUGACGGACUCGGCAUCGCCUGCGAAGCCCGUCCAUACCAUCGUCCUGGACGCCGGUCCCAUCUUGAAGAAUACCCCGCCGCUAUCCACGCUGCUCGCACAGUGCGAAGAACUCCUCAUCACCCCCUCCGUCGUGAGCGAAAUCCGUGACCCUGACGCCCGCCAGCGCGUGGAGACACUAUACCUUCCCUUCUUGAAGCAGCGCACACCAUCCCCGAAAAGCGUCAGCGUCUUGAGCGAAUUUGCACGCAAGACUGGUGAUCGGGCUGUCCUGAGUAAAACAGAUAUUGAGGUACUGGCGCUUGCAUACGAGGUGGAAUGCGAGCGCAAUGGUGGCGACUGGAGACUGAGAAGCGUUCCGGGCCAGAAACAGGUGAACGGGAAGCCUCCUGUGAAGGAGGAGAAGGCCGAAGAGAAGGGAGAGGAGGCUAAAGCCGAAGAGGCCAAGGGUGAGACUGAGGGCGAGACCACUCAAAAGGAGGAGAACAAGGACGAGGUUGCUGAGGUGGAUGCCGUUGCAGAAGAUCUGAAGAACGCAAACCUGGAAGACAAGGAGACCAGCACACAGGAGACCGAAGUGCAAAAUGCCCCCGCAGAGGUCGAGGCGGAGGAAUCAACUCCUCAGGACGCCGAUGCCCAAGAGGAGGAGGAUGAUGGCGAUGAUUCGGAUGGUGGUUGGAUCACUCCCUCCAACUUGAAAAAGCGACAGGCCCGCGAUGAGGCUAGCUCUGCAGCUGCGGCGCCAGAGCCCAAGGUGAUGCAGGUUGCCACCAUGACUACCGAUUUUGCGUGCCAAAACGUGCUGCUGCAGAUGAACUUGAACUUGCUCUCCACUUCCACUCUGCAGCGAAUCCGCCAUCUGAAGUCUUUCAUCAAGCGCUGCCAUGCCUGUUUCUUCACCACCAAGGACAUGAACAAGCAAUUUUGUCCUCGCUGCGGCAAGGACACGCUCACUCGUGUCUCCUGCACGACAGACGCGAAUGGACAGUUCAAGAUGCACUUGAAAAAGAACAUGCAGUGGAACAACCGCGGCAAUCGUUUCAGUGUCCCUAAGCCCGUACACGGCACCUCCAAUGGAAAGUGGAAGGGAGGUGGUGGUAAGGGUGGCUGGGGAACGGAAUUGAUCCUGGCGGAAGACCAGAAGGAGUAUGUUCGAGCCACCGCAGAGCAGAGCCGCAGAAUGCGCAAGGAGCACGACCUCAUGGAUGAGGACUACCUCCCGAGCAUCCUGACCGGAGAGCGGAACAAUCACGGUCGAAUUCGUGUGGGAGCUGGCAGAAAUGUCAACUCGAGGAAGAGGUAA